GCGACAUGUUGUGAAGGACAUCAUCUCCAGGACACUGACGUCGAGCAUGCGCGGGCUGGUGCUGCGACUGUCCAACACACACACACACACACACACACACGCUCUCCACCAUGAGCGACCUUGACAAGGCGAUUGCGCAGCUGCGCUCAUGCCGACCGAUCCCCGAGUCGCAGGUUCGCGAAAUAUGCCACAAGGCACGAGAACUCCUCAUCGAAGAGGGCAACGUCGUGACGGUGACGGCACCCGUGACGAUAUGCGGCGAUAUUCACGGCCAGUUCCACGAUCUCAUGGAGCUCUUUCGCGUUGGGGGCGACGUCCCCGACACAAACUACCUUUUCAUGGGCGACUUUGUCGACCGUGGAUUCUAUUCUCUCGAAACCUUUCUCCUCCUCCUCUGCCUCAAAGUUCGAUACCCCGACCGCAUGACCCUGAUCCGCGGCAACCACGAAUCACGACAGAUUACACAAGUAUACGGCUUCUACGACGAGUGCAACCGCAAGUACGGCAGCGCCAAUGUGUGGCGGUACUGCUGCGACGUCUUUGACUACCUCGCGCUGGGGGCCAUUGUCCUCGGCGCAUCGAGCACCCUGUCGUCGACCAUGGAGCCGAUCGACGAGGAUGUCGAGAUUGAGGUGUGCGACCAGAGCGGCGGCACGCUCAGCCGUUUCUCGCGCCAGAGGCAUCGGCAACGACCGGACAGCUCGUCGAGCGCCAACGGGGUCCCCGCAGACAGGACGGGACCACCAGGCUCCGGUGCGUCCGGGUCAAGCGGAGGCACCGUCGGCAACCCGACGGGCGCGGUCCUGUGCGUCCACGGUGGACUGAGCCCGUUGAUCGACACGAUCGAUAAGAUCAGAUUGAUUGAUCGAAAGCAAGAAGUCCCCCACGAGGGCGCCAUGUGUGAUCUACUGUGGUCCGACCCGGACGAGAUUGACGGCUGGGGCCUCUCGCCGCGCGGAGCUGGGUUCCUGUUUGGAGCGGAUAUUGUCAAGGUCUUCAACCACACGAACGACUUGAGCUUGAUUGCGCGCGCACACCAGCUGGUCAUGGAGGGUUUCAAGGAGAUGUUCGACGCGUCCAUUGUCACGGUGUGGUCCGCGCCCAACUACUGCUACCGAUGCGGCAACGUGGCGGCCGUGCUGGAGCUGUCCGAGGACGACACGGGCACCGGCAUCUUCUCGCGGAGCAACGGGGACGUCGGCCGGAGUAAGCCGCCUAUGCUGGAGAAUGGCGGCCUGGGCAAUGGGCCGGCCAGGCGGUACAGGGUCUUCCAGGCGGCGCCGCAGGACUCGCGGGGCAUGCCGGCCAAGAAGCCGGUGGCAGACUACUUCUUGUGAGCGUGGAGGAUGGAUCACGGUGUGUGCACGAUAGACAGGCACACAUGCACAGACGACAAAGCUCGCCAUUCGGAAGUAUGGAGUUGGUAUUGAAAUCAAAUAUAAAUGUUCUUCUGGUAGCCCCGAGCGGCACUUCUACACUGAGAAGCAUCAUGCUCGUACAUUUAUUUUCCUGGCAA